AUGCAGAACGAAAAGGGACAAGGUGCCAGCCACGCUGUCAACUCCAAGCUACCCCAAGGUGUCCAGGAGAAGGUGCCCGAAUCAGUCGAGCACAAGGUGCCUGAUGCAGCCCACGACACCGGAGCCAAUCCUCAGACAGGCAAGGUCAGCCACGCCACGGGUGACUCCAAGGUACCCCAGACUCUUCAGGAGGGGCUCCCUGAAAAGGUCGAGAAGGUCGUGCCAAACGCGAUUCAUGACACGAGUGGCGCUAAGUUCUCCGAUGGUGCUAUUGGGAAGUGA